AUGAACGCUGAUUUUUGUUUGUUUGUUUCUUACCUAGAUCCUGAGAAGCCAUUCGAAGGGACAGAUCGUGAUUUCAAGUAUGAGGAGCUUCUGAGCCGAGUCUUUCAUUUUCUUCGUGAAAGCAAUCCGGAGCUUGCCGGAGAAAAAAGGAAAACAAUAUUGAAGAUACCAGAAGUUCUCCGCGAAGGAACAAAGAAAACAGUGUUUGUGAAUCUUGUGGAUAUUUGCAAAAUGAUGCGUAGGCAGCCGGAACAUGUUAUGACCUUCUUGCUUGCUGAACUGGGUACUAGUGGAUCGCUUGAUGGGCAGCAAAGAUUGGUGGUCAAGGGUAGAUUUGCACCCAAAAGCUUUCAAGGGAUUCUUCGUGUUGGUGCACUUGUGUCUGUACUUUGUCUGUGUUCGGCCUGUAUGAAAACGAUGUCCUAA